AGUAUAUGUAUAUUAAAAAUAUGUUAUAUAUUACUUUCUGUAAACCGCAGUACUGCGAAAUAGGUGGAAGAUAUUAGAAGACAUUUUAUUUAAAAAAAAAUGAAAUACCUACAAACAGUGUAUUUAUAAUGCAAAACCUAUCAUUUGAAUUAUCAAAUGUUACCAAUAUUAGUUUUGUCAAUAAAAACCGUGUUGUCUUUUCGUAUGAAGAAAACUUGGUUGCUUCCAUUGGUUAUACAAUUGUUACUUUAAUAGGUAUAAUAUCAAACAGCUUGGUUUCUUACCUUAUUAUUUGUAAUUCUAAACUUAGAACUAUCGUCAAUUUGCUAAUUUUGAACCUUGCAAUUUCAGACAUAAUUGCGUGUUUAAGCAUCUACCCAUUUAUUUACAUUGACUUAGCCGAAACAAGAAUACGAGGUGUUAAUGCAAACCUGCUAUGCGGUUUUACUAACGGUUUGUCUGGUUUCUUCGCUGCAGCUAUCGAAUCAUUUAUAACUUUAAGUGUGUUUUCUAUCACAAGAUAUUUGAUUAUAAACCACCCAUUAAAACUAUCAUGGAGACUUGAGUUAAAAAAUAUGAAAUGGGUGUUUGGAUUUACUUGGACAUUAAGUUUUGUAAUUGUCAUACCUAACCUUAUAUCAUUUAAAUACGAUGAAAAUUUCAAGCUAUGUAAAAGAAAUUGGGCACGUGGUGUUAAUCCUCUAGUUUACUUUACUUUUACAACUAUUAUAGGAUUGUUGUUGCCUUUGUCUUCCCUCUUGUUUACAUACUUCACCAGUUUGUACACACUGUAUAUUAAAGGUCAGUUACGUGAAAACACAUUAAAUAGAAACUCAGCUGUAUCAGAAAAAAAUUUUGAAACAAAAAAAAAAGCCCUCAAAUGGUUAGGCUUCCUCGUAUUUGUAUAUUUAAUUUGUUGGGCACCUUUUGGUACUUACUGGUUUUUUUCCGUCAUCUUUGGUAAAUACUCAGCAAAUAAUUACGAUGAUGUAAAAAAAGGCAUUCGCCUAUUAAGGCUAACAUUAUUUUUUGCUGCACUCAAUACUGUACUUAAUCCAAUAAUUUAUGCAUAUAAAAGCAAACAGCUGAGAUCUGCUUUUAAAUUAUUAAUUAAAUUGCGAGUUCGUGCUGAAUCAACUUCAACAUUAAAAAGUACUUUCUUUGAUGAGCUUGAAAUAAUAGAACAAAAUGCUUCAAUUUAACAUAAAAUAUUUUCUAAACUGUUUUUAGCAGUUUGUUAUAAUAUCUUGACAGUUUUUAAAUUUUUUUUAUUGUAUAAAAAUUGUACUAAAUUAAAACUGCUCAAAUGCUUCAUGUAUAAAAAUAUUAUUCACAUUUUUUGUAUUCAUUAGCAAUAUGGAAAAUAUGUAUCGUGAAAAAGAAACUUUUUAUAAUUGUAAUUUUGGCUGCCUAAUUUGAUAAUAGAUAUCUUUGAGUAUGUAUAAGUA